UGUAUAUAUAGUCGUACUCCAUCCCCCCUAGAAUACCAUGUGUAUAAUAUCCUCCUUAUACUACCAUCAUUACAAUACUUGAAUACUAUAUUUAUUCUUUUAUAUAUCAUACACCAUGUCUCGCUACGAAGCUGCCCAUGCAUUCGACAAGCUCGGUGGUCCCGGCGAUGCUCGCCCGACCGCUCAGCAGAUCAUUCAAGACUGCAACAAGGAGAAUGCCCUUCAAGGCAAAGUGAUCCUCAUCACCGGCGUCACCUCUGGUCUUGGAACAGCAUCUGCAGUUGCUCUUGCUAGCACUGGUGCCACCAUCUACGCCGCUGGUCGUAGCGCCGAUCGAGCCAAGGCAGCGCUGGCCACGAUUGCCGACUCCCCCAACGUACACUUUCUCGAACUUGAUCUGGCAUCCAAUGCCAGCGUCCGGGCCUUUGCUGCCGACUUUCUCAAACAUUCCGGAGGCAAACUUCACAUCCUCAUGAACAACGCCGGUGGCAUUUUAUCCGAGCGCACCGUCACAGAAGACGGAUUCGAGAAGCAAUUUGCCAUAAAUUACGUCGGCCAGUUCUUGCUGUUCAGUCUUCUCAAAGACGCCCUUCUCUCAAGUGCCAGUCCUGAGUUCCCCAGCAGAGUGGUCAACUUGACUAGUCUUGGACACCGGUAUAGCGCCAUCCGCUUCGAUGACCUGGCCUUUGAGACCGGGUACACGCCUUACGAGGCGUACGGACAGGCCAAGACCGCAGCCAUCUACAUGGCUUCGGAGAUUGAGCGCCGCUAUGGAGCGCAAAACUUGCAUGCAUGGAGUGUGCAUCCGGGUGGCAUCCUCGAGACGCAGUUCCUCGCCAACAGCGGCUUAGACCAGGCAGUCAUUGACCAGCUGCUGACAAGCUGGCCAAAGCAAAUGUUUAAGUCGAACGAGCAGGGAGCUGCGACGCAGGUCUGGGCUGCCGUGAGCGACGACGUUCUACAGGAGAACGCCAGAGGCAAGUUUCUAGAGGAGGUGUCGGUUAGCAAACCCAAGGAGGAGACAGAUGUGCCAGAUUUUCGUGGCUACAUUGAGCAUACGUACCAGCCGGAGAGUGCGGCUCGGCUGUGGACAGUGACUGAGAAGCUUGUUGGCGCCAAAGCAUAAUGUCGAAUUGGUUAUUAGGUGCCUCCAGAUGCAUGUUUUAGGACUGUGAGUUGUCUUAUAUACUAGAUAUGCUAUGUAAAUGAAUUGCAAUGAGUGCAACGAGGACAAGAUGUUGUGAAAUGAUGGUGCUUUUGUUGAAAUCCGAAAGAGAAUCAAUUUCCUUCUAUAUUCCAAUUUUGAG